AUGUUCACAGGUCUGAUUGAACACGUUGGAACGGUGUCUGCCAUCGAACACGACAGCGGAGGAUGCACACUCACAAUCGCUGACUCCGCGCCCAUCCUCUCCGAUUGUCACGUUGGGGAUUCCAUAGCGAUCAACGGCGCAUGCCUUACUGUAACGGAGUUUGACAAGGAGCAGAAUGGUGGAUGGUUCAAAGUGUGGCUUGCAAACGAGACGUUGGAUAGGACCGAUCUCGGAGAACGGAAGGUCGGGGAGCAGGUAAACGUGGAACGUGCGAUGGGCGCACAUGUUCGCUUCGGAGGUCAUUUCGUCCAGGCUCAUGUUGAUACGACCGCUACAUUGAUCUCGCGAACCCCGGACGGAGAUUCCUUGCGUCUGCUUUUCCAGCUUCCCGAACCCACGACGGAACGUCCAUCUCUUCUGCCAUAUCUCAUCCCUAAGGGCUAUGUCGCGAUCGACGGGACCUCGUUGACGAUUACUUCGGUCGACGACGCGAAGCGCACAUUUGGAAUAAUGCUAAUCAAACAUACGCAAGAGAAGAUCACGCUCAGCAAGAAGCCUGUUGGAUCAAGAGUAAACAUUGAGGUCGAUAUGAUCGGUAAAUUAGUCGAAAAGAGCGUCCAUGCCGCGCUUUCCGGUGGAGGGGCAGAGCUCAUGCGUCCGAUGAUUGAGAGAAUUGUAGAGGACGUUUUGGCAAAGAAGAAGCUCAUAUAAUCAGUCUGCCAAUGUACUUACGCCAGCAAUUGAUGUCUUAAGCGAGACUGUAUAACACCGCCUGGAAUCCAGG